AUGGUCACUGAGAAUGUCCUUCUUAUUUUUCCAGGUAACAAUUGCAAUGUUAAACGUUGGCCAGGAUCAAAUAUCCCUGAGAAAAAUCCCAUUAACUCUCAAACAGAAAAAGUGCGAAACAAUUUCAUUUCAAAUAAGUGUUCAAAUGAACCAAAAAAAGAAAAUAAUUUAUACUGCUCAGUGAUAGGUUCUGCCUUGAAAUUCUGGAAACUUCAUGCUAGUGACGGGCAUACGGAAACCACCCUGAAAGGCUCGGUCACUUCCUUUGAAAAUCUUUUUGAUAAUCGCUCUCACUGGGAUAGUAACACAAAGAAGGAUUUUGUCACAAUGUUGCCCAUGAUUAUGGAGGAUAUAAGCUUAGGUGCACUAUUCACAGCUCUUGCAAAUCCAGGAAACAUCUCUCAAACAGUGGUUCGAAACUUCACAGAUUUUGUGUUUAAAUAUAUUCUUACUCUGCUGAUAGGUCCAGUUCCACCAGAUUUCAAACAAGCAUCAAAAGUCUUUACAAUCCUCCAUAACCACAUGAACUCUUCAAUAAUUGCACAAUUUUACUACACAGAUGACUUAUUUGUAAGUUCAUUCUACAAAAUGAUUAAACUGUUUCUGAGGAAGAUUUAA